UUGGCGUCCUUGCCGCUACUGCCAUAUUCUUAACAUUGCGCGUUCAUUUUGCAACACUUCCCUUCUGUUGUCAUCCAAGUGCAAGUGGACAUUGAAGGCAGACCGAUUACAACACUUCUUGCAAGGAAGGAAUCUUCAAAGUUGGAGACCUAAAACUCUCGCUCUUGUGGUAAACCAGAAACGAAACCAAGCACCAUGAAGGUUCUGCUGCUUUCAAUGUUGACGCUCUCCGUCUGUGUGGCUGGAUCGUACGCUGUUCGAUGCUACGCCUGCACUGGUGCCAUCUCACCCGCCCUCAACACUUGGUGUAACGACCCGUUUGACGAGGAGAACGCGGCAGCUCAAGCAUCCAUUCAAACCUGUAAUGGAGAAUGCGUGAAAAGCUACUCUAAAAUCGGCGACCUGGAAGGCUAUGUCCGCGAGUGUUCCAACGUGACCAUAACCAAUUGCCUGAACGAGUGCAACUCCGCUUUGGGGAUCACCGCUUGCCAGCACUGUUGCACCGGCGACCUCUGCAACAGCGCAUCCUCGGUGACCUUUAACCUGCUGGCCGCAGUCGCCAUGUUGGUGUCUGCCUGGGUCUUCACCUCGUAGAGGCAUUUCUCGUACCGAUGGUGUGUACCGACUGCCCAGUAUGUAAGAGACUUUUGAACCAUCAUGAAUCGGUUGGACACAGCGUGCUUCCAAUUUAGUCGAAUCCAGUGUGCUAUGAGUAGCACUCUUCAUCCCUUGCCAGGCGUUUGGCCUAUGUUUUUGGAAAACGGUUUUCAUUUUAUUCAUCCCUUGCCAGGCGUUUGGCCUAUGUUUUUGGAAAACGGUUUUCAUUUUUGAUUGUUUACAUCGAGCAAUAAAUCAUGCAGAAAAUCACCUGUGUGUGCGCGUGAGUGCAGACCAAAACAUAUGCCGAUGCCCCCAGCACCGUGAUUGGCUCGACAACUGUCGACUACAGUCGAGCAUCUGCAUAAUCUAGGAUUUUAUUGCACAGUGAAGGCUGCACACACAGCUCCAAUACAGUGAUUGGUUGGUUUUAGUCACAUGCUUUUAUAGGCAACUGUACAAAGAAGCUACCAAUGACGGCACCGAACUCUCAGAUAUGUAAUUUUGUUUCAAUCAUUCAAAACAACUCAUUGUUUUUUCUUAAUGACAAGACACCUGCACGGGAUAAGCUCCGAUGUUUUACCACGGGACAGGUGACUAGGUGUUUAACCCAAGUGAAAAUUAAUCACCAGCGCUUCUGCUUCUGCUGGCUACUGUACAAUCGCCAAAAUUCUGGCUGUCCCGUACAUUGUUGACCUUUGUUGGUCCUGUUCUGCCAUGCAUGGAACGCUUUUAAUGUACAUGUACACACGAAGGCUUUGUGUGGUACGUCAGGAAUUGGUUAAUAUUUGGUGGAAUCGAUUGUGUUUAAACCGUCAAUGGUUCCUGUGUUUCUUUUUUACAAUUUUGGUAGUCGGCGACCCAUUGGAGUUUGAAAUCUUGUACUUUCUCUAAAUGUAGUUUGUUGGGAAACGCAAAGCGGUCUUUUCCUCGUGAAGUCAGGUUGUCUGUGUUCUUACUAUGUUUUGUACGAUUACUGAAUUGCUGAUGUAUAUAAUCUGACGUCGGUAAUGAUGAUGUAUUAAAAAUGUGUGGAGUUUUGUUAGUGA